AUGGCAUUGCAACAGAGAGAAAUUGAGUGUCAACAUCAAGAAUUGAAUAAACGGCAGGCUGACAUGGACCGCCGACAGAGAGAUGCCACUGUCACCCUAGAAGUAGCCAUUCAGUUGGCCCGGGGACAACCUGCACCAAAUUCUCAACCAGAUCUAACACCAAAUGUACCACCACAACAAGGCACAAAACUAAGUCCUCCACCUCAGCCGGCAAGCCUUCAGAGGCCAGACCAACCUCCUGUGGCUCAACGGGAUAUUCCAUUUCAAAAUCCUGAGCAGCAACCACCUUCUCGUUCUGGUCGAGAAAAUCCCCAGCAUCAAUGGCAUAAUACGGCCGGACGGCCUCCCCGAAGCCCUAGAUGCCAAACUGCUGAGGAACCGAACCCACUGAACAAGGGACAGCGUCCUUCUGCUAGAAAAAGACAAGUUGAGUCAGGCUCUGCGAUCAGGGGCCCGCCACAACAUAAUAAUGCUCGGGGACCCACUGACCAGCGCAGGCCUCCCCCUGAUGCUCGAGACAUGCUAGCAAGAGGAGGUGACAUGUAG